GUCUCUUCCCCCCUUCCUCCUUUCUCCAUUUGAAUUUCUCCAACAGAUCGGCGCUUCCGUCUCUUCCUAGUUAGGGCUUUUACGCCGACGGAUUUGAGCUUCUUCUGCUCAGAUCCCGACGUUUCUCCUUCCUCACUGAACAAGUAGAUGGAUGGCUGGAAAGGGAGGGAAAGGGCUCGUUGCGACGAAGACGACCGCGGCGAACAAGGACAAGGACAAGAAGAAGCCUGUCUCCCGAUCUGCACGAGCCGGUUUGCAGUUCCCUGUUGGUCGAAUUCAUCGUCAACUGAAGACAAGGAUUCAAGCUAAUGGCCGAGUUGGAGCAACUGCAGCUGUGUACUCGGCGGCAAUAUUGGAGUACUUAACAGCGGAAGUAUUGGAGCUUGCCGAGAAUGCAAGUAAGGAUCUGAAGGUGAAACGUAUCACUCCGCGCCACCUUCAGCUAGCAAUUCGAGGGGAUGAGGAGCUUGAUACCCUUAUUAAGGGCACGAUUGCUGGUGGCGGAGUCAUCCCUCACAUCCAUAAGUCUCUCAUUAACAAGUCUACUAAAGAAUGAUUAUGUUUAAUUUUCAUGGAUAUAAAGUUUAUGGCUAUGUAAACCUGAUCAGACCAGUGAUUUUGUUGUUCUGAUUAUGAAACUGUAUACCUUAUGAGGGGUAAAUGUGAAACUGUGGGCGUCAAUUUGAACAUAGUGAUGCUUGCCUUUCUACUUGCUCUCCAGAUUUA